GCGCUUUGCGGCUGCGUGGCGGGGGCGGGGGGCGGGGAAGAUGUCUGAGCGGGGAGAAGCCCCGGCGGCCGCGGCAUCGGCGGGCGCGGGCGGCGAGAUGCCGGCCAAGAAGCAGAAGCUGAGCAGCGACGAGAACAGCAACCCCGGCGACCUGUCCGGCGACGAGAACGAUGAUGCUGUUAGUAUCGAAAGUGGUACUAACACCGAACGGCCUGACACCCCAACAAACACUCCUAAUGCACCGGGAAGAAAAAGCUGGGGGAAAGGAAAAUGGAAGUCAAAGAAGUGCAAAUAUUCCUUCAAAUGUGUAAAUAGCCUCAAGGAGGACCAUGGUCAGCCUUUGUUUGGAGUCCAGUUUAACUGGCACAGUAAAGAAGGCGAUCCUCUUGUUUUUGCCACUGUAGGCAGCAACAGAGUUACUUUGUAUGAAUGUCAUUCCCAAGGAGAAAUACGUCUCCUACAGUCCUAUGUGGAUGCUGAUGCAGAUGAAAAUUUCUACACCUGUGCAUGGACAUACGAUAGCAAUACAAGCCAUCCUCUUCUGGCUGUGGCAGGGUCCAGGGGUAUUAUUAGGAUAAUUAAUCCUAUUACAAUGCAGUGCAUAAAGCACUAUGUAGGCCAUGGAAAUGCAAUCAAUGAACUGAAAUUCCAUCCAAGAGAUCCAAAUCUCCUUUUAUCUGUAAGCAAAGAUCAUGCAUUGAGACUGUGGAACAUCCAGACAGACACGCUGGUUGCAAUAUUUGGAGGAGUAGAAGGGCACAGGGAUGAGGUGUUAAGUGCAGUAAGUGGAAGACUGUGGGGCAGUGAUUUAGAUUUACAAAGGGUAGAUUAUGAUCUUCUUGGUGAAAAAAUCAUGUCCUGUGGGAUGGAUCACUCUCUGAAACUCUGGAGAAUUAAUUCCAAGAGAAUGAUAAAUGCCAUCAAAGAGUCUUAUGAGUACAAUCCAAAUAAAACCAACAGGCCUUUUAUUUCUCAGAAAAUUCACUUUCCUGACUUUUCUACCAGAGACAUACAUAGGAACUAUGUUGAUUGUGUACGAUGGUUGGGAGAUCUAAUUCUUUCCAAGUCUUGUGAAAAUGCCAUUGUGUGCUGGAAACCUGGCAAAAUGGAAGAUGAUAUAGAUAAAAUCAAGCCCAGUGAGUCAAACGUGACCAUACUUGGGAGAUUUGAUUAUAGCCAAUGUGAUAUAUGGUACAUGAGGUUUUCCAUGGAUUUCUGGCAAAAGAUGCUUGCUCUGGGCAAUCAGGUUGGCAAACUUUAUGUCUGGGAUUUAGAAAUAGAGGAUCCUCAUAAAGCCAAGUGUACGACUCUUACUCAUCCUAAAUGUGUUGCUGCCAUUCGACAAACCAGUUUUAGCAGGGAUAGUAGUAUCCUUAUAGCUGUGUGUGAUGAUGCCAGUAUCUGGCGCUGGGACAGACUACGAUAAGUCACCUUUUCUUAAUUCAAAGUAGAAAAUAUAUUUUCAAAUUAUAAUAUAGUCUGUUAACUUGCUAGUACAGUAGAUGCAGUUAGUGUAGACUUUUCUGAGGUUCAGCAGGCUGGAGCUGAACUUAGUGAUGUUUACAUUCUGUGUAAUGUUCUGCUUGAACUCUGCUGCUUUUAAUAAAAAGAAGUAUUUUUGUAAA